GUGGUGCGCGAUUCGCGUCCUAGGCUCUAUAAAUGUGAGGGCCUCGAUUGAACUUCGAUAGGUUUCUUUCUGAAAACAUUAGCGCCGAGGUAAAUGUAUCGCCGAAACAACGAACUAGGUUCAGAACUAUAGUGUUACGCACAACGUAUACCGACUUGUUCUUAAUUGUGUAUAAUACGAGGGUAAUAUAAAAAACAGAUAAUACUGUUGGAACAAAAUAACGACGUUCGUAAGAUUAGCCAUCUUGGAAAGAUAUGUCAUAUUUGUUAAAACGUCAACAAUAUAGUGUGUAUUGUUCAAUACAUGCCGCCAGCUUGUUUUAACUACGGUUGACUACACACCUAAUCAUCAGAAGUAAAAGCGACACGGUGGCGUAUUUGACACGCGGACGUAAUCGUAAAAGAAGCACAGCUUCAUCGAAUGAUGAAUCGCACUGACGGAUUGGUACAACGACGACGUGUUGUUAACAGCAGUAGUAGUAGCAGUCUAGGCCAGGAUGGUUCCAACGAUAUUGGCCAUAAUGAUAAAUUAUCUGGUCAUGGCACGGAUACAGACUGUACCAUGCAAAAAGAUCUUAAUUCAAAUCCCAAGAUCGACGAUGAUUCUGAUAAGGAAACGAGAUUGACACUCAUGGAAGAAGUUUUGUUACUUGGUUUGAAAGACAAAGAGGGUUACACGUCAUUUUGGAAUGAUUGCAUAAGCUCAGGUUUACGUGGCUGUAUUUUAGCAGAACUUGGGUUUCGUGGGCGAGUAGAAUUAGAGAAAGCCGGUAUGCGUAAAAAGGGAUUACUGGUGAGAAAACUUCUAUUGAAAAAUGACGCUCCUACAGGAGAUGUUUUGUUAGAUGAAGCUCUGAAACAUUUAAAAGAAACUGAUCCACCUGAAACUGUUCCUAGUUGGAUUGAAUAUCUUAGUGGAGAAACAUGGAACCCACUGAAAUUAAGAUAUCAGUUAAAAAAUGUUAGAGAAAGAUUAGCCAAAAAUCUUGUUGAAAAAGGAGUUUUGACAACCGAGAAACAGAAUUUCUUACUCUUUGAUAUGACAACUCAUCCUCUUACUGAUAAUCUUGCCAAAAGCCGUCUUGUAAAAAAGAUUCAAGAAGCUGUAUUAAGCCGUUGGGUCAAUGAUGCUGGUCGUAUGGAUAGGCGAACAUUAGCUUUAGUUAUUUUAGCUCAUGCAGCUGAUGUAUUAGAAAAUGCGUUUGCGCCGCUCUCAGAUGACGAUUAUGAAGUAGCUAUGCGACGAGUACGAACAUUAUUGGACCUUGACUUUGAAGCAGAAGCUGCUAAACCUAAUGCUAAUCCAGUUCUAUGGGCAGUAUUUGCUGCAUUCACUAAGUAACAGUCCUUUAAAAAAUUACAAGUGUAUAAAGCAAAUACUGGGUACUAGUAUAAAUACUUGGGACUAUCAAUUUUACAGAAAUUUUUGUUGCAAUCUGAAAUGGAAUAGUUGCAAAUAUUGUUAAUCAUCAUACAAUUCAGACCAAAUACCUUGAAUCCGACUGUGUAAAGCAGACUAGAGUAUUAGUCAUUUCCAUUAUUGUUAUUUAAUACAUUUGAUAGCUGAAUUAUGAAUGUUCAUAUUUAAAUAUUAUGAGAAAAAGAAUAACAAAAUUUAAGGUAUGAAUGAGUACUUUGCGUGUGGGGUAGUGCCAUGUCAGCUCAGGAACAAAAGAUCGUACUGUGCUGAGUUUUGUCCCAUAUCUUCUCUGUGUCUAUUGUGUCUGCACAUGGACUGUGAAUAUGUUUAUAGACACAAUAAUUAUGUGGCCGGUAUUCAAUUGUCAAAUCGUGUCACAUUUCUGCUAGCGAUCUAAAUGUUAAGGCGACGAAAGUAAUUCUUUGCACAGUUGUGACAUUGACGACGAAUUUUUACCGUUUCUUUACGUCUUCUUUAUACAAAACUGGAUUAUAGUAGGUUUGUACUUCCCAAAUCCGUUUUUGUUUUUAAACUAGUGUACACAUAUAGUUUCACUAGGUGGCAGUAAAGUACUCGGAUGUCAAAAAUAUUACUUUAUGAACGUCAUUUCUAUCCCACUUAAAUAUAACGCGGGAACAGUUUGAGAGUAACAAAUGAAUCGAAUACGUCGAACUUAAUACGUUUUUAAUUAAUAAUUUUGUUAAUUUAUCGUAUAUACCAUUGCUACCAUUAACAUUAUAUUAUGUGAUAUGUAAGUAGAGAAAAUAUAAAGUGGGAAGUCUGUUAUAAUUAGUAAAUCACUUUAUGAGUACAAGAAAGACAAACCAAGAUAAAAAAUGGACACGGAAAUUUUCAAGGAUAACAAUCGCUCUUUCAUUAAAGUGGAGAAAUGUAAGUAACAUGUACUAUAUUUUACAAAUUUUCAAGCGUGUAUGGGAUGAUCAAGAAAUAUUUAAUCUUUCUUUGAAAUACUUGUAUAGUCGCGUAAAGUAAUUUCCUUUUUCGGCACUUAUAUAUUUUGUAAGAGAUGUUCUGAAUAAUCAAAAUAUAAAGAACAACUCAUUUAUUUAAUCUUUUAAUCUAUUUUUUCGUGUAUUAUAGAUAUGUCUCUAAAUUCGUAAAUUUACGCAGCUGCUUAAUAGUCGGUCUCAAAUUUUUAUUCAUUGUGAAUACCGAACAAUUGUAAUAUGUUUAGUAUGUAGUUUCUGGUGUAAUGUAAUGGCAUUUCUGAGUAUUUAGUUCACAAAUUAUGUUUGUGGAAAUAUAUUAAUCUUCGUAAUAGAAGGUAUAUUGUUAGCUGAUCAUAUUGAUUUGAAUAUGUAAGUUUUGUAUUAUUACUUUUUAUUUAAAAUUAUACAUAACAUUAUAUUUUAGCUUCAUAUUUUUUAAAUACACAUAAGAAUCAAUUUUAGUAUUUACAUCAGAAGAGAGUAAAACUGUUUUAAAUAUAUAUUUGUACUUUUUAUUGCUUUAAUGGUAGUUGAAAAUUUUGUACUUAUAGAGUUAGAGUUUUAGAAAUAAUUGAUCUAAUAGCAUAGAUGUCUUUAAUUUAAAAGAGCAUGUUAUGUAAUCUUGUUUGAUUGAUAUUUCUUGGAACAUCCUGUAUGUAUUCAAUUGAAUUUUUAUAUUCAAUCAUUAAAAAUAUUUUGAUUGUUCAUAAUGUUGAGAACUCGAGGAGUUUCCUAAAUAAGUUUAUGUAACAUAAAAUUACUUUGUGUUUAAAUAACAUGUAUUAUAGAAUAGUAAAUUUAUUUUUACCAUAUAUAUAUAUAUAUGGACACAUAAAUUUCAAAAAUAAUAAACAAGAGCUACAAAAAAUAGA